CAUCAUACAUACGAAGGAGAAGAAAAAUCGGAAAAUUUUCGCUCCCGCAGUUUGUGUGACAGUGAAUAAAUAUUUUGCUUAAAAAAAAAGUAAUCCUUUCUUGAUAAAAAUUUAAUUCAAAAUAUUUAUAAACAAUCGACAAAAGUUGAAUUAAAAAAUCAAAGGAUUUAAAUUUCAAUUUUCCUUAGAAAUAAGAAAAAAUACUCGAAAGAAAAACCUUCCCGAUAUCAUUUUUUUCAAACGGGGGUUGGUCGAACGCCGAUGAUUUUCCGACAGCCAUUUAAAUUGUUUUUCCUGUGUCAUGUCUUUGGAGGAUCCAUUUUUUGUUGUUAAAGACGAAGUGUUUAAGGCUUUGAACAAGACUCGGGGAUUAUAUUUGCGUUGGCGUGAGUUGGGUGAAUCGAGUGCUGCUGAAGUCGAAUGGACCACCACAGAACUACGCAAUUCAUUAAGGAGCAUUGAAUGGGAUCUAGAGGAUUUGGAAGACACAAUUAGUAUCGUAGAAAAGAAUCCGAACAAGUUUCGUAUUGAUAACAGAGAAUUAUCCAGCCGACGUCACUUCAUAGAUGCGACUCGCGAUGAAGUCAAAUCCAUGAAGGAGAAGAUGAGCCUUAACCGGAAUAGGGACAGAGAUAUAACAGCACGUCAGCCAUUAUUAGACGAACAGCAAAACGAAAAGAACAUCUCAUUAACAAACAAUUCAACAGCAACAUCUGUCGUUGGAGGAGUAUUGGGUAAUAGUGUUAGUGGUAAUAUAGCAAGUACUAUAGCCGGCACCAUGGCAUCUCGACACAGUGGAACAAAAUAUUCCAAAUUGGAAAAUACUCUCGAUAGUCCGGGUCAUUAUGCUACGCUUGACAGUCCGGGUCAUAAGUUUGUAGGAGAAACUGUAUCAAUUCAGCAGCGUAUGAUGCAGGGACAAGAUGAACAGUUGGAUAUGAUAAGCGAUUCGAUUGGAACAUUGAAGACUGUAUCACGUCAAAUUGGUGUUGAGUUAGAUGAGCAAGCAGUAAUGCUCGAUGAUUUUGGAAAUGAAUUUGACACAACUGAAUCUAAAUUAGAUUCAACCAUGAAGAAAGUUGCCAAAGUUCUCCACAUGAAUAAUGAUAAACGACAGUGGGCUGCUAUAAUUUUCCUUUCAUCACUUUUAAUUAUUGUGAUACUUUUAUUUAUAAUAUUGUAAAUCAAUAACGAAUUACACACUAAUCUUGUUGUUA